AUGAACAUGACAAGAAAGUUUGGGUGGCUACAAUCAAGGAAGUAUGUAUUGAAACGAAACCACUCUCAGCUCUCUCUUCAAGAGAGCACCACUGUGCUGACUCAAUUUCUUCCUGAUCUCAAUAACAUGGUUUCUGCACACCACUGUGCUAACGCAGUUCCAAACCACUCUCAGCUCUCUCUUCUAUCAUUACUUUUAGUUGUAGAGUGUAAGCAUCUUAAACUCAAAUACAACAAAGAACAAAUCAAGCGAAGAAAGCUUCAUAAUCAAUUUGAGGAUAUAAAAGUUUCAGGAAACAUGGUCAACAAUGGUUGACUUUGAUUCAUCAUCAAACAAACAAUGCUUCACCAUUGGUGGCUUCACUUUUCAAUGGAUACGACAUGUGCAUAUUUCAAUAUGGUGAAACAGAGGGAAAUCGAGGGGUUGGUUAUAGAACAGUACAGGAAUUAUUCAAAAUUGCAAAAGAAAGAAUUGAUACUUUUGCUUAGAAGUGGAACCUACAAAUGAUUAUGCAC